AUGCUAUUCAAACAGCAGGCGUUGCUGAGACAGAAGCUCUUUGUGCUAGGCAGCCUUGCUAUUGGAAGUCUCCUAUAUCUAGUUGCCAGAGUUGGGAGCUUGGAUAGAUUGCAGCCCCUCUGCCCCAUCGAUGGUCGAUUUGGACCCCGCGGCCAGGACGAUAUCCCGCUGCGAGCCCUGCAGUUCAAGCGAGGGCUGCUCCACGAAUUCCGAAAGGGCAAUGCCACCAAGGAACAAAUUCGACUGCACAAUCUGGUUCAGCAGCUUCCCAAGGCCAUUAUCAUUGGGGUGAGGAAAGGAGGCACCCGGGCACUACUGGAGAUGCUGAACCUUCACCCAGCAGUGGUCAAAGCUUCUCAAGAGAUUCACUUCUUUGACAAUGAUGAGAACUAUGCCAAGGGGAUUGAGUGGUACCGGAAAAAAAUGCCUUUUUCUUACCCUCAUCAAAUAACAAUUGAGAAAAGCCCUGCAUAUUUUAUCACUGAGGAAGUACCUGAAAGGAUUUACAAAAUGAACUCAUCUAUCAAAUUAUUGAUCAUUGUCAGGGAACCUACCACAAGAGCUAUUUCUGAUUACACUCAGGUGCUGGAAGGUAAGGAAAGAAAGAACAAAACUUACUACAAAUUUGAGAAGCUAGCUAUAGAUCCUAAUACCUGUGAAGUGAACACUAAGUAUAAAGCGGUGAGAACCAGCAUCUACACAAAACAUCUGGAGAGAUGGUUAAAAUAUUUCCCUAUUGAGCAGUUUCAUAUCGUGGAUGGAGACCGGCUCAUCACAGAACCACUGCCAGAACUCCAGCUGGUCGAGAAGUUCCUAAAUCUUCCUCCAAGGAUAAGUCAGUACAAUUUAUACUUCAAUGCCACCAGAGGAUUUUACUGCUUGCGGUUUAACAUUGUCUUUAACAAGUGCCUGGCGGGUAGCAAGGGACGCAUCCAUCCAGAGGUGGAUACCUCUGUCAUUACCAAAUUGCGCAAGUUCUUUCAUCCUUUUAAUCAAAAAUUUUAUCAGAUCACUGGGAGGACAUUUAACUGGCCCUAA